UUUUUUUUUGUUUGUGGUUCGGUGACGUUGGAUUGAAACGCUGUAAGGUCACAAAGAGGCAGCGUACAGGAGCUAACACAGCUAAUACCGACCAGUUUACACCAUCAUAUUAGUUUUUGUUAGCCAAAUAACUUGAAACCGGCGGUAAUUAAAAGUUUAUCCGGUGGAGUCACUUUGCUAAACAGUCAAACAUCAGAGACAUCUGCUGCUGUAGAGGAAGAAUCAAGUAAAGCUGAGGGUUGUGGUGUGUUCAGAGUCUGCAGCAGCUGUGACGAACAGUAGAAGAAGUUGACUGAGCUCCUGAGCGCUGCAGCUGACUGAGCUGGGUCCUGCUGGCAGCAUGUCUUUGUAGCACCCCGCAGAGCUGCUCCCUGAUCAGAUUCCUCCCUGUUUGCUGCUCUGAAGUCGACUCUGUGAUGUCGCGGCACAGCAAGCUGCAGAAGCAGGUCCUAGCUCUGUAUCGGCAGUUCCUGCGAGCCGGUCGGGACAAGCCGGGCUUCAUACCUCGAAUCCGCGAUGAGUUCAGGGAAAACUCUCGCAUCAAGAAGGCGGACGUGAUGCACAUUGAGUAUCUGUAUCGACGAGCCCAGAGGCAGCUGGAGCAGCUGAAGGACAUCAAUACCAAGCAGCUCGGCUCCUUCUCCAAAACCAAAGACUCUGACUGAAACCACAGGACCCCCAAUGACUCCACAAAUACCUCAAGACUCGCACACCACUAGCUGCUGAGCAGAGUGAAGGAAACAUGGAGUAUAGGUUGUUGAUGCUAUAUUAGAGUGCAAUAAGCUGUAAUUAAGCAAACAAUGAAACAAUAAACUGGCUGUUGUUGAUGUGGACAUUAAACCUGAUUUACGUUUCCUUUUGGAAAAUAUAAUUACAAGAGGAUCUCCAGUUUGUUACCAAAUGUUGGAUGAAAUCAUCAAACUGGUUGAGAAUAAAGUUUCUUAAAGAUUGAA